AUGUGCAACAGCCUAUCCACCGUCAGGACGGCCAAUGAAACAAAACCAGAGCUCCAGCAUGGUAAGAUUGACGUAGAGGGACGGGUCAAAUUAAUCCCAACAAAUUUCAGCAUCCGGGAUAACUCAAUUUUGCCUUUAUCAGAUGAAGAUCACUUCAGUGCCAUUGUACAAAGCCGUUUCUCUCAAAGCACUGUGACAGAAGAGGGAGAAGAACAUUGGAAGGAGACUUUUUAGGAGUCCACAUUUUUUUCUUCAACUUUUUGCUUCCUUCAUUCGUGCAGAAGGGAGAACCACCGCAUUCAGCCAUAGAGGGGCAACUAUUUCAAAGCAUCUCGAACCACAGGCAAAUGGGUAAGCUUGCGUUAACAUCGGCAUGCUUCAGUGAAAGAAAGCUUAUGGAAGCAUAACCGUGCUUAACACGCCUGCAUAACGCCAGAAAUAACCAUACAGUUGAUUUCGGGUUGUAGAUAAAGUGAACAUAUCCUUUUCCAGAACGAAUGGAAGGAUAGUUUACUCGACAGGCAUGUAGUUUUUUCCCCGCGAUAUGCUAAUGCAGUUUAUUCAUAAUCAAGUUCAUAUUCAAUGGUUGAUUGACUUAUUAAAUAAUGUAUGUAAAGAAUAUUGAAAUGAAUUGACAUAAAACUUAAAAAGUGUCAAAACUGUCACUAAGAUCCAAGGUAAGUUAAAUAUCGGCUCCUGAUGUGAAUAGUAAUAACAACUUGCAUUAGCUCGCCAUUUUGCAUGGUUACAUUUACUGUGCGAGUAUGGAAUGCAUGAAAAUAGUUUUGUCUGCUUUAAUGAUGGAAUAUGUUCAUGUAUUCCCUUUAUUCCCUGCAGAGCAAACCUAUGGCGAGGUGAAUCAGUUGGGUGGUGUAUUCGUCAAUGGACGACCUCUGCCCAACGCCAUACGACUACGGAUAGUGGAGUUGGCCCAGCUUGGAAUCAGACCGUGUGAUAUCAGUAGGCAACUUCGCGUCUCUCACGGCUGUGUGAGCAAGAUAUUAGCUCGGUACAGCGAAACGGGUUCCAUUUUACCCGGUGCCAUCGGGGGGAGCAAACCACGGGUUACCACACCGAAUGUAGUGAAGAACAUAAGGGAUUACAAACAAGGUGACCCGGGUAUCUUUGCCUGGGAGAUCCGGGACAGGCUUCUAGCAGACGGAGUUUGUGACAAAUACAACGUGCCGUCAGUCAGCUCCAUUAGCCGGAUUUUACGGAACAAGAUUGGAAAUCUUUCCCAGCCAAACCAGUAUGAGAGCAGCAAGCAAGCCCCCACACAGGCCGGCCUCUCUUACAACCACAUAUACCCCUAUUCAUACCCCAAUGCUAUGUCACCCAAUGGCAAAAUGGGCAGCGGUCCCGGAGUACCCGUGCCGGCCGGGCAUGUAAGUAUAUCAAGGGCCUGGCCGUCGGCGCACACUGUCACCAACAUUCUGGGUAUCAGGGCCUUCAUGGAUCAUCAAGGUGCGUAAUAUUGAAUCUAUUUUCCACACACACAGUUGUAACCCAUUUUCCAAUAAUUGUCCAAGUGCAUUUGGGGUGACUGGCUCGAGCUAUUGGACGUGCUGUUCAUUAUUUGUCCAUGACGAAUUAUUUAUAAAUCAUGUUUUGACGUGUGUUCAUCAGGCAGGAAAUUUGCCCUAUAAAUCUUUGUGGGGCUUGCUCUGUAGGCAUGCUCACUGGCGCCUAGGCAAGCACCUUGCUUAGGCUACCUGUUAAAGCCUCCUCGUUCCCCGUGGGACCUAAGGUCACUCACUAUAAGGUCCUACUCGUCAUGUUCUUAGUGAUGUGUUGCCUCUAGGCCCCAGAUGGAUUUUCGGCCAUGGCUGCAGCGCUGCCAUCAAGGAAACAAAUUAAGUUAGCAAGUAGGCCUAUAGCUAUAGCAUGUAGCAUAUUCGAAAUAGCAUAAUUAUGAUACAUGCUUGUACAAUGAUGCGAUAUAAUAAUAGAUUAUUUGAUGUGGCAUUGACAAUUUAUAAUUGCUAUAAACGUGUGAUAGCCUUGUCCACAUUUCCCCCUAUAGAUUCCUGACGAACAGCCUAUAAAGUUAUGGAUUCAGAAACGAAAACAAUAGGCCUUGCUGGAUACGCACAAUUACGCACAAUUAGAUGUAUUGUUUUGAUAGCAUUUUAAGAAAUGUAUAAUCAAAUGUAUGUAUAACGGGCAAUAUUAAUAUUAAGUAUAAAAUGUAAUUCAGGUCUCAUUUAAUAUUUUACAGUUACUAAGGCUACAGGCUGCUUUCUUUAUAUUGGAUCAUUUGAUAGGCCUAGUUAUGAAUAUCAAUAGAUCAGAGGCAUUUUGACAGUUUCCCCCUAAGUGCAAUUUGCUGUUUCCUAAUCAGCUAUUGCUGGAGCAGAGGGAUAUCCACCGAAAAUGGAAGACUGGAGUAGUGUCAACAGAGCGACGUUUCCCUCGGCUCAUGCAGUCAACGGAAUCGACAAAUCAGCCAUUGAUGCGGACAUAAAAUAUGCACAGGUAAAAACAACAAGAACUCAUAUGAAUGCAGAAGACUAUUGCUGCGUUCUUUAUCUGCAGAGAGACUGGGCUCGAAGUGUAGCCUAAUAUAGUGUGUAUUGAAAGGCAUUCAUCUGUUAAAUAUAGGCUUGUUAUUCGCAAGUUGUUUAAAUGUUCCUCAAAAUGUUCAACGUUUGCUCCUGCACUAUUCAAAGAAGAUUAAUAUGACAUAGGUUGAAUUGAUAUAUACUGUAUACACACUUAUUUCAUAGAUGUGCAAAUGUUUCGUUCUGGGAAACGUAAACCUGACAUACUUUCUGUGGGUUUUUGCGUAUUUUCUUGCAGCCUUCAUCGACAUUAUCCAGUUAUGUCCCUGCUUGUGCCUACUCACCUUCAAACCAGUACGGCGUUUAUAGUGGGCCAGGUAGCUAUGUGACCCCUGGGCACCCUUGGCAGUCCCAGAACUCGAGUUUGUCCCACCCAAGCAGCGGCAUGACAAUGCACGCGGGAGACAUCCACUCUUCAAUGCUGUUCAAACAUCCAUCGCGAGAAGGUAGGCCAGAUCCUGUUUGAUAGUGUUCUAUUCUUAUCACAACUGCGAUGACUCAAGUUUAGCAUAAUUUGUAAAUCACUGGCAGCUCACUCGUUUCCCUCCAAGUUUCCUUCAUCUAUGGCAAAAAACAUCGCUAUUUUAAGUUCAAAAACAAGGUGUAAAAUAACACAAUGUGCAUUUUUAUAUUUUUGUAUCUUCUUUACAUAGCCUAUUUAAAAACACACUUAUUAGGCUACCAUUAAUCUAACAACUGUUGUCUAAUUGUGGACAUUAAAUAUCACAUUAUGUCACUGUCAAGCCCCACAAUAAUUAUAAUCAUGAGUUAUAAUGGGGGACUCAAAUGUAUAGGGUAUUAGUGCAAAAGCAAUCUAGGCCUACAUUUGCAAAGGGUCUCGAUAUUGUAGCAGCCUAAAAUAUUGAUUUAGGCCUAAUGGUGCGGACCUAUAGUGUAUAUAAAUCUAUGUCAGAUAAAUUAGAAUUAUUUUAGCCUGAGAUAGGCCUGAACCAAGUGAUCUCCACCAUUAUACAUGUAUUCUACUUAUGCUUCGAUUAAAACAUGUUCUUAUUCUUUUGAUAGCUACUGUAUAUUUUAAUUUCAAAUUAAAUGAUACAAUUAAAAACAUUCACUGUUCUAAAAAGUUAGUAAUAGCCUACAUAUACAGAUGAUAUGGUGUUGACGAAAAUAAUGCAUGGAUAUAUUCGAUGAUGACUCGAGGUGUGAACCCAAGAAGACAAAUGUGGAGGUUAUAUUGCAGAGUGUGACAAAUGUUAUCAGUAAAUGAAUUAAUAAUAAUAAUAAUAAUAUAUAAUUUUUGUGUAUGGGUGGUCCCGGGGAUCGAACCCACUACCUUGGCGUUACAAGCGCCGUGCUCUACCAGCUGAGCUACAGAGGACCACCAAUUAAUAGUGUACAAUCUAAAUGUCAUGUGAAGUAAAAAAAUAAAAUAAAAUAAAUCAAUAAAAAUACUCAUAAUUGCCUAAAAUAAUGUAGGAAUAAUUCAAAUAUGGUAUCAAAUGAAUAGCCUUAUAGUCUAACAUUGACUAUUAUGAUUAUUAAUAACCUAGUUUGUAUUUAAAUGUUGCAUGUAGUAGUCUAACUUUCAGGUCUGUAUAGGCCUAAAAUAAAAUCAUUUUGGUUUUUAAUAAAUAUUGGCAUUAUUUUUUAGUUUUGCUGAAGUAAAGAGUAAUGGCUUGUGUGCUAUACAAACGUCUCCUGUUUGUGUUCUGCAGGAGACAGAAAGCCCCCCAGUCCCCUAAGCAAGCAACUGCAGCACGAGGCGUUGAGCAGUGUACACGGACUCGAUCUCCCGACCUCAUCCUCGUAACGCCAGGGAGCUCGUGCCGCAAACCGAGGACUCAAAACUCACAAUAGGCCUAUGUAAGGAGCUGCAGAGCCUUAUCUAAUUGAGGGAAUUUCAAGAAUUCAAACAGUAAGUGCAAGCACAAUUUAUGAUUUGUUUGCCAAAGUGUUAACUAUUGAAUGGGCCCUUAUAGCCUAACGCAUGUGCAUACAAAUGUAUCCAACUAUAGAUAGCCUCCAGUCGGUCUGUGGCCUUAUGAUUGUAAACUUAUGAGGAUGUUGAACUGUAUUGGAGUCUCCUGUCCUCAUGCAGCAGAGUUGGUGGUUGGUGGUUGUGUCGUCUUUUCAUUGAACUACUUCAUGUAUAUUUCUGUAAAAGACUGCAGGAUUUAAAUGCAAUAAUGUCUGUCAUUGAUGUUUCAUUAAACAAGUUUGCUAUAGUUGACAAUGGAACUGUAUCUUGUACACGCAGUAAAUUAUAUUUUCUUAAU